AUGAAGCCACUGCUCUUGGUGUUUGUUGCCUGUCUGUUGUGCUGGAAAGAUCUCCCCUGUGCCCCUGCUUGGAAGGAGAGAGCUGCUCUUGGUGGAAACCUGAAGGGUUUGCUGGAGGCGGGGGAGACAGAUGCAGAUGGAGAGGUGAAGAAGGCUUUGAUGGGGGUGAAGCAGAUGAGAAUUGUGAUGGAAAGGAGAGAAGAGGAACACAGCAAGCUCAUGAAAACCUUGAAGAAGUGCAAAGAAGAAAAGCAGGAGGCCCUGAAACUUAUGAAUGAAGUUCAAGAGCAUCUAGAGGAAGAGGAAAGGUUGUGCCAGGUAUCUUCGGCCAAGUCUUGGGAACAAUGCCGGUCUUGCCUGCAGAGCAAGUGCAUGAGAUUAUACACAACCUGCAAGCCUGGGUGGGCCUCUGUGAAAAGCACGAUGGAGCAGUUUUUCAGGAGGCUGUACCGGUUUCUGUUUCCCCUCCAUGAAGACCAGGAUGACCUCCCCAUCCAGGAAAAGCUACCUGAAGAGGACCCACGAGUGGCACAGAUGGAGGGUGUGUUCUGCCGACUGACGGAGGAUGUGAGAAUCCUCUUUAAUCAGAGCCUCUUUGUCUUCAAGCAAAUGCAGCAAGAAUUUGACCAGGCCUUUCAGUCCUACUUCAUGUCAGACUCAGACCUCAUGGAGCUUCCAGCUUUCUACAAGAAGCCAACCUCAAAAGCUGAUCUUGGGCAAAGGUGGGACUUCUCCAAUUUCUUCCAGCUGCUUUGUAAUCUCGGUCUCUCUGUGUACGAAAAAGUCAGCAAAUUGAUCACCAGCACACUGGGCGCCAUGCAGGAUCCAUCAACACAACACCAAGUGUUGCCUUCCUUGAUUUCAGAGCCUUUCCCUGAGCAUGAUGGAGCAUGGUGUGGGGAACCAGUCCAGAAUUUAUCUGGAUGUUUUGAAUUUCACGAAAGAUGCCAGAUGUGCCAGGAUUAUAUAUCUGAAGACUGUCCUGAUGUCCCUGAACUGCACACAGAACUCGACGAGGCUCUGAAGCUGGUCAGCCUAUCCAGUGAGCAGUAUGACCAAAUCGUCCACAUGACGCAAUACCACGUGCAGGAUACCUUGCUACUGAUGGAGAGGAUGAAGGCCCAGUUUGGCUGGGUGUCUGAACUGGCAAGGCAGAUCCCAGGAGCCAAGAACAGCAGUGACUUAACAAAGGUAACUGCCCAAUCCAGGAGAAAACAUUCUUCCAAAGAAGAUGACACAAUGGUAGACUCACCCACUCUGCCUUCCCCCAGUUUCACAGUGAAGAUGGCUGCUGACCCAAGUGCUGAGAGCUCCAACUUAAUGGAUUACGUGGCAGCCAAAGUCCUAGAGCAUUUUAGGGAACAUUUUAAAACUUGGUAA